UCCUCUCCAUCCCUCUUCGGCGGCGUCGCUGUCUAGACGCCUCCCUCCCUUCAUCACUGUCGUCUCCUCGCUCUCCAUCCUGGUUUCCUGGACUUCUCCACCUUCAAUUGUUGGCAUCACCUGAACUUCACUCUCCAUUUUGAAUUUGCUACCGAGCAUGGUUAAAGCUGUGAAUGACGCUGAGCUGAGCUAUGGCUUCCCUCGCAGUUCCUCGCCGACAAGAAUGGUGUCGACGCUGACUUGGAUGCUUCUCUUGACGUCCCUUCCGAGUUCCCCUACGGAGGUGCAAAGAAGAUGACGAUGGAGAAGAACCAAAAUUUAGAGCGUCAUGGAAAGGUUAUCGUUCUUCUCCUUUCUUCUCACAUCUAUUCUUCAUCUUCUCUUCAAGUCGGCCACUUCUGUGCAUGACCAAGCUGUGCCAACUCCACCGUUGCCGAUUCUGCCUCUUCCAUCAUAUUCUCAGUUAAAAUGGCAACAAAGAGAGAUCAUCAUGUUCCUCCACUUCGGCGUGAACACCUUCACGGACAGAGAAUGGGGAGACGGCCAUGAAAGCCCCAAAAUCUUCAACCCUCCGGGCCUCGACGCAGGCCAGUGGGUGGAGGUCGCGGCGGAGGCCGGAGUUUCCCUGGUGAUCCUCACCGCGAAACACCAUGACGGGUUCUGCCUGUGGCCUUCAAAGUACACAGAGCAUUCUGUGAUCGGAACCCCUUGGAAAAAUGGCAAGGGAGAUGUUGUGAGAGAGUUUGUGAAUGCAACUUCAACAAAAGGAAUCGAUGCAGGGCUUUAUCUUUCUCCUUGGGACAGACAUGACUCAAGAUAUGGACGCGAUAAACCUUACAACGAAUACUAUUUAGCUCAGCUUCAAGAACUGCUCAAUAAAUAUGGAGAAGUGAGGGAGAUAUGGUUUGAUGGAGCCAAGGAUCCAAAGGCAAAGAACGUGACGUACUUCUUCGUAAAAUGGUUCUCAAUGGCGAAAGAGUUGCAGAGUUCCAUUAACAUAUUUUCUGACGCAGGUCCAGAUGUGAGGUGGGUGGGAGAUGAACAAGGCUACGCAUCAGACACGUGUUGGUCUAUCAUUAACCGAACCUCUCUUUCCAUCGGAAAUCCAGACAUCACCAAGUACCUAAACACAGGUGAUCCCAGAGGAACAGACUGGGUUCCUGCAGAAUGCGAUGUAUCGAUUCGACCAGGAUGGUUCUGGCACAAGUCAGAAUCACCAAAAAGCCUCACUGAACUACUCGACAUUUACUACAACUCAGUUGGCAGAAACUGCUUGUUGCUCCUCAACGUGCCUCCCAACACAACUGGCCUCAUAUCUGACAUUGAUGCUCAGAGGUUGAACCAGUUUCACAGUGCAAUCGCCACAGUCUUCCAGAAGAACAUAGCGCAAGAAGACUGCACGGUUACAGUCAGCAGUCAAAGAGGAGGAAAAGAAGGUGGUUUUGGACCAGAAAACAUGAUAGACAGUGACCAUCUGUGGUCAUACUGGGCUCCUGAAGAAGGAACAGAGUAUUGGGUUGAGAUAAGAGGGAAGAACAAUGGGAGCGUGAGAUUCAAUGUGGUGAGGGUACAGGAAGCGAUUGGACUUGGUCAGAGGAUUGGAGAGCAUGAGAUAUAUGUGGAUGGUGAAUUGAUGAUCAGAGGGACCACAGUGGGCUACAAGAGGCUUCAUAGGCUUGAAGGUGGUGUGGUGGAUGCUCGUGUUGUGAGGAUCAGAAUCACUGAGUCAAGAGGAAUUCCUCUCAUUUCUUCCAUUGGCCUCCAUUUUGAUCCUCUCUGGCACUCUACGUUCACAGCUGGUUUCAAGAGCCAAUGAUAAUAAGUAAUAAUCUGAAGCUUCUGAAGUAUACCGUAGACAUGUUAACUUAUUUAUAAAACAAGCGGGUCUCGUUUGCUUACAUUUUGACUCAGUUAUGUUACUUGUAAUGAUAGAGAGGUAAAAUGAUUGAUGAAGUAAUAAUAAGUCAUAACAUUAAUUGAGAUUAA